CCAGGACAAUCUGGUUGCCACAAUGACGCUUUCUCAAUAUGGGAUUUAGCUCGCCUGGUGUGCAUUUUUGGAGACAUUCCAUUUUCCCUUAAGCAUAUAUCCCGCCCACGUCGCACACCGGGCAACCUGUUUCAAGUGCCCUUUAAAAUCAGAGUUUUGAAACGCCAGUCUUGAAGUGCUGUAAAUGUUGGUUGCAUAAUAGACGUGUGAUUGAAUUAGGCUUGAUUGAAGUGAAUGCUGGCGAGACUUGAGAGCACUUAUAGGCUCUGGGUGGGAAGGCUCUUAACUAGCCCUUCUGAGGGUGGAGAUUAGGCCUAACAUUCAGGCUGUUUUAUCCCAAAACUCUUAGAUCACUUCCUUUCCUUGUCUCCUUUUCUUUGCAAACAUGCACUCAGGCAAAGGACUGAGUUUUUGUGCACAACAUAGAAAUUGAAUAGAAAUUGAAAACCCUGACAUUCUUCUCUUUCUAUUUUUCUCUCUCUUUCAAACCCUCCAUUCCUCUUCUCUACCAAGUCCUUUCAGAUCAGGAGACAAGGAAACAAGGGGACAUCUUGGGAUGUAGUCAUGCCUCCUGUUGGUCUCCCAGUGCCAGGAGUCCUUUGAAAGCUCAGUGGAGAGGAGAGAACAACCGAACAGACUGAUUCCACUGACUGAGCAGAGCAGCCGAUGGCACAGGCAGUGGCGGCUGGUGAGUCGUCGAGGGUUUGUCCACAUCAGACGUCACAAUGAUGACUCCAAGAGACCCAAAGCCCAAGAAGAAACCGCCGAAAGACAGCUUGACUCUGUUGCCAUGCUUCUAUUUUGUGGAGCUGCCCAUUGUGGCUUCUUCUAUGGUGUCGCUCUACUUCCUGGAGCUGACGGACCUGCUCCAGCCUGCCCAGGUAGGCUUCCGUUGCCAUGACCGCAUGCUGAGCAUGCCCUACGUUGACGGUGGAGAUGAGCUCAUCCCUCUACUCAUGCUGCUCAGCCUGGCCUUCGCUGGCCCGGCCGCUUCGAUCAUGAUGGGGGAGGGCCUGGUCUACUUCAUGCAGUCACGCCUUAAGAUCCGCCCCGGAGUGGAGGGCAGCAUCAACGCCGGCGGGUGCAACUUCAACUCCUUCCUUCGGCGAACGGUGCGCUUCGUAGGUGUCCAUGUGUUUGGGUUGUGUGCCACGGCUCUAAUGACUGAUGUGAUUCAGUUGGCCACAGGUUAUCACACUCCCUUCUUCCUGACUGUGUGCAAGCCCAACUACACACAGCCAGGGGUGGCCUGUGAUAAAAACCCCUACAUCACCAAGGACAUCUGCUCCGGUCACGACCAGCACGCCAUCGUCUCUGCCAGGAAAACCUUUCCCUCCCAGCACGCAACCCUGUCUGCCUUUGCUGCUGUGUACAUAUCAAUGUACUUCAACUCAACCAUCUCAGACAGCACCAAGCUGCUGAAGCCAGUGUUGGUGUUUGCGUUUGCCAUCGUGGCGGCGCUAACCGGCCUCACCCAGAUCACCCAGUACCGCAGCCACCCCAUUGACGUCUACGUGGGCUUCCUAAUAGGGGCCGGCAUCGCUGCUUACCUGGCUUUCCAUGCCGUUGGCAACUUCAGGUCCUCCGACGACAUCAUCAUCAAGCCAGCUCCGCCCCCCCAGAAGGAGGACGCCCUGCGAGCGCUGACCCAACGGGGCCACGACUCGGUCUACAACAAAGGUGUCGCCUCAGCAUCGGAGAGCGCCGACGAGAUCGCCGCGCCGCCCUCCCUGGACCGUCUGGAGGGCAUGGGGCGGCCGCUACAGCGCGAGAAAGCUUCUAUCGGGAGCUUGAAAAGGGCCAGUGUGGACGUGGAGCUCCUGGCGCCCCGCAGCCCCAUGGGCCAGCAGACCAUGGUGACCUUCAGCAACACGCUGCCCAGAUCUAGCAUGAACGCUAACGGGGGCCUGGGCGCUAACGGGGGACCAGAGGAGUCCAUGAUGCCAACUCAACCCGUACAAAGGAGGCUCAAGGCUGUGCAAGUGCCCAUGGACCCCAUGCGCUCACAGCAGUUGGUGACGGAGUGGAAGCAGAAGUCCAUGGAGAUGCGGGGUCUGAGCCUUAGGGAUGAAGCCGAGCGAGAUGCCAGUGAGGAGGGCUCCGAAGGGGGGGAGGAAGGGUCCGAGGACGGGGGGCCACAGGCCUCGCUCUAUCCGUCUAUGGUGCAGUCCAACAGGGGAGCUUCUGCCGGUCCAAUCCCCGUCAGUGUGGGGCCUCCAGGUAGUGCCAGGGUGGUGGCAACUCCUAGACCCCCCCACAUCCCCGAGGCGGGUCCCCCGCCAGUGUCGCCCAAAAGCGCACUAACCCGCGCCAAGUGGCUGUCCAUCACAGAGAAGAGCGGUGGUGGCGGGUCGAUUCGCGGGGCACCCAACCAGCCGCGCAUCAUGCAGGUGAUCGCCAUGUCCAAGCAGCAGGGUCUCCUCCCUUCCUCCUCCUCAGGGGGCACGCCCAAGUCCUCCGAGACCACCUCCACCUCCUCCUGCACCUCCUCUACGGCCAGUGCCGAUUCGCCCCACUACCGCCCGCCCUCAGAGGCCCAGCGUGAUUCGGCCAUCAUCACCGUAGACGCCCACGCCCCCCACCACCCGGUGGUGCACGGUGGCCCGCCCCCCUGCUCGGGCAACGGGAACCCCUGGGAGUGGAGGGGCGCGUCCAACGGCAGCGACCCUCGAGACUCCUACGAGCUCAACGACCUGAACCGCGGCGACAGCGUUGGUGCUCGCGGCAGCACUGGCAGUUUCCGGCCACACCAGACCAUCUCGCCGUGCUCCUCCACCGGCGACGGAGACCCAGAGAUGCUUCCCCCUCUGCCCCUCCCCCACGCGGAGGUCCCCCACGACGGGAGAAGCCGGGAGUCCACUUUACGACGCAAGACUGCGCUAGUCCUCCUGGAGAGGGACAUUCAAUUUCAAAACAAGAGUGAGCAGGAGAACUACUAUAAAAAAAUACAGGGUGGCCGGAGGUAUAAGGAUUAGUCACUAACUAACUGAUAAGCCUUACAGUCAAACCACAAAAGAGCACAAAACCUGGACUGACAAGCUGGGCUCUGCUAUUACGCAUCUCUCGGACUUUGUGUGUUAUCAAAGGAGCUGUGCAAAACUGUUGUAGGCUACUACGAUGUAUGCUAGAUAGAGGGAAACAUCUCGAGUUGCUGUGGGACCCUGAGGUAUUUUCAGGAGCACAUAGACGUUUUUCAAAGGUUCAAAUCAGAAGCACACCACCACGCAACACAAACCAAAAAAAAGGACAAUGUAUUAAAGCUCCGUCUACUGAGCCGAACCAGGCAGUUUUGUUACAUUUCUUUAUUGACUCCAUCUUCCUUUCAAUGUUUCCCCUGUUAUGACCACUCGAUGGGCUGAUUGUCUAGUGUUGGAAUGGCAUCUACUGUAUGUUGUGUUCUCUCCGGUUUUAGUGCUUGAUUGCUAAUGUGUAGAUUCUGAGCAUGUAUGUCUGGGUGUUUUUGUGUGUUUGGGUCAGUGGGUCAGGUGCUUGUGUGUGUGGGUGUGUGGGUAUGUGUUGAAGAAGCAGUGUGCUUUCAAAAAAAAAAAAUAUGUUAUUCUGCGGCAGAAUGUUCGGAGGGCCACUGAUGGUGCCCAUUCUCGA